AGGGGGGGCACGGGGCACGUUCCUGCUGUGCCCACGCCUCCCGGCUCUCCCCUCCAGGCCAUGCAGCUCCCUGCGCUGCUCCUGCUCCUGCUCCCAGCGCUGCCGUCCCCGGCCGGCACCUCCGAGCCCGGCCAGCCCUGCCCGGUGGAGAUGAACAAGGUCAAGGACCUCCUGGAGGUGAACUGCAGCGGGCAGGCUCUCAGCGCGGUGCCCUCGGGGCUGCCCGCGGACACGGGCAUCCUGCUCCUCAGCGCCAACCGCCUGGCGUCCGUGUCCAUCAGCUCCUUCCUGCCGCUGCCGCAGCUGCAGGACCUCGACCUGUCCCACAACGGGCUCCAGGCGCUGCUGCCCGGGCCCCCGCUGCCGGCGCUGCGGGAGCUGAUCCUGUCCCGCAACGCGCUGGAGGCGCUGCCCGCGCUGCGGGCGCUGCCGGCGCUCUCCCGCCUGGCCAUGGGGCACAACCGCGUGGCCUCGGUGCCCCCCGGGGCCUUCCGGGCCGUGCCGCGCCUGCAGGACCUGGACCUGCGCGGGAACCGGCUGCGGAGCCUGCCCCCGGACGCCUUCGCGGGGCUGAGCGCGCUCAAGGACUUGGACAUCUCCGACAACGCCCUGGAGGAGCUGCCCCGGGAGCUGCUGCAGGACCUGCGGGCCCUGGAGACGCUGUGGCUCUCGGGGAACCGCCUGCGGAGCCUCCCCAGCGGCUUCUUCCCCGAGGGGCAGCUCUUCAUGUACGUCUUCCUGACCGAGAACCCCUGGCACUGCGACUGCCGCCUGCACUACCUGCGGGGCUGGAUCCGGCGCAACGAGGGCAGCGUCUACCAGCCCGAGCGCGGCCUGGAGAAGACAAAGGUGGAGGUGGCCCCCGAGCGGGUGCUGUGCCACAGCCCCCCCGAGCACCGGGGGAAGGCCAUCAUCCACUUCAAGCCCAACUGCGGCAACGUGGGGGACGCCGAGGAGGAGGAGGAGGAGGAUUACGGUGACGGGGAAGGAGCAGUGGAGGAAGCUGCCCCGGCUGCCGUGACCCCCCCGCACCCACCCGUCCCCAAGGAGCGCAGCACCGCGCCCCGUGCUGUUACCGCACUGCCCCCCAGCACCGCGAGCUCUGCUCCCACAGACCCCAGUGCUCCCAGCACCACCGCUCCUGCCCCAGCCAGCCCCACUCUCACCCCCACACUGGCCCCCAGCACCGCGAGCUCUGCCCCCAGUGCUCCCAGCACCUCUGCUCCUGCCCCAGCCAGCCCCACGCUCACCCCCACACCAGCCCCCAGCACCGCGAGCUCUGCCCCCAGUGCUCCCAGCACCUCUGCUCCUGCCCCAGCCAGCCCCACGCUCACCCCCACCCCGGCCCCCAGCACCACCACCUCCAUGGCAUCCACUGGAGCAUCUCCCACCACCUCCGUGGCUCCACCGGCUCCCACCGUGCCAGAGGCCUCUUCCAUUGCCAGAUCCUCACCUCCUCCGCUGGUGCCAACCACACCGGUGGUCACCGCCUCUGACCCCCUGGGCACCGCAGGCUUGGAGCAGCCGGCACCUUCCCCCCCGGCUGCCCCCCUGCCGCUGUGUCCCUGCCCCACAGCCGGGCUGGAGGUACCGGUGCUGCGCUCGAGGGGAGCAGGGGAUGCUCUGCAGGGCGGGCACUGGGUGCUGGCUCACUGCUGCCUCUUGCACUGGGUGCUCUACCUCGCCUGCUUGGCUCUGCUGGCGCUGACGGCGCUGGCGCUGGCCGCCUGGCUGGCCUGGCUCUGCCUGCUGGGGUGGCCCUCCUGGCACCAGUCCCUGCAGAGCCCUGAGGGUCCCCAUCUGCUGCUGAGGUGGAGGGGGGCUGCGGGCGGCCCCGUGAGGCACCGCAGCAGCUCCCAAAGCCCCCUGCAGCGCCGCAGGUUCUGCACCAUCCGAGAAGUGGAGCUGUACCCGCAGGUCACCUACUGCACCGUUAAAGACCUGGGCACACCGUGCAGUCCUCCGGCAAGCUCCUUCUGCACCACGAAGGAGCUCUGGAUCCGCCAGAGCCCUCUGAGCGCUUCAUUCGAGGCUCUCUCCGGGGAGCUGAUGGUCACAGAGCCCGGCUCCAUGAGGACCCCUUCUGGUUACAGCCUGGACAGGGGCCUGAAGGCCGCUGGUGAUGGGAGAGUCAAACACCCUGGCAACACCGUGUAAACGCUCC